GGGGGCGGUACUGAAUCUACGGGCACUGAUGCCUGACAGGGAGCGGAGAGAUCCAUCAAAGAAGGGAAGAUGGCGAGAGGCGGACGGAGCUUGAGAAAAAUAGCUGAGUGCUUGAAACAGUUACCUUCUGUAGCCAGCAGGGAUUUACAGACCAAGAACAACGUCAGAUACCUGUCGUCAUGUGGGAUCCUGAUGACGCAAAUGCCUCCCCUGCUGGGUACAGCCAUGCCAGGGCGCAGCGUUGUGUUGCCUGCCCGCAGCUUCUUCAACCUUGCCGAUUCCUUCUCCAAGAGGAAGGAGUACUCCGAGAGACGAAUCAUUGGGUAUUCCAUGCAGGAGAUAUAUGACGUGGUGGCCGGUGUGGAAAACUACCGCCUCUUUGUUCCCUGGUGUAAGAAAUCUGAUGUGAUCUUCAAGCGAUCUGGGUUCUGCAAGGCCAAACUAACUGUUGGCUUUCCUCCUGUGGUGGAGAACUACACCUCUCUUGUCACUACAGUACGCCCCCACCUGGUCAAGGCAUCCUGUUCAGACGGUAAACUGUUCAACCACCUGGAGACAGUUUGGCGCUUCAGCCCUGGCCUCCCGGGUUACCCUCGUACCUGCACUGUGGAUUUUGCUAUCUCCUUUGAGUUUCGCUCGCUCCUCCACUCCCAGCUCGCUCACGUCUUCUUCGAUGAGGUGGUGAAGCAGAUGGUGUCAGCAUUUGAGCGUCGCGCCUCCAACGUAUACGGUGCAGAGACGGUUAUCCCUCGUGAGCUCAUGUUCCACGAGAUUCACCACACGUAGCGUUGCCCCCUGACACACAAACACAGAUAACGCAGACAAACACAAAGCCCGAUGCCAAAGAGAAAUGAGAGGGGGGAAAGUGUAGACAGAAAGAAGAGACUACCUGUGUUCUAACUGCAGUGCCUUUCCCACAACAAUGACCAAAUUCCAACGAUUUCCUAUCUCAUCUUUUAUAACUGAUGUGGAUCCACCUGCUAAUUUUCACCUUGGUGCUAAACAUUUCAACAUUAUUUGCACUGUCAUUCCCAUUAUCAGAGCUCAAUCUGUGCCUGGUUGUGAAACUGAGCUCACAGGUUAUGAGUGUGAGGUGAAAUCAUGGCUUAGCAGCGCUGUCAGUCGUGAUUGGUCAAGUGAGCAUGUCAUCACAUCUGUCAACAUUAGCUACACUGCUCUAACUACCUUACAACCACUUCAGAUUUAAAAAGCUGCUGCAGGAAGACAGUAUGUCCUCCAGAAGCUCUGGUAGUUCAACUUAUUUGUCUGCUCAUGGUGACGUGUUACAUCCUGUCAUCUCACUCAUAUGUUUGAUUCAUUAGUUGAUUAAUAGAUAUAGAUUAUAAUGAAUAUCCUUGGGUGUUGGACUCUUGGACCUGGACAUUUUCACAAUUUUCUGCAUUUUAUAGACUAAAGAAUCAAUCAGUUAACUGAUAAUUUAAUUAGUUGCAGGCCUAUUAGACUAAUUUUCAUUUCAGUGAGAUUGAUUUUGAGAUGUAUAGUAUUUGAUUUUCAGGGAGUUAAGUGCAUAUCACCUGUAUUGAGAUCCAGGCUGCAACUAUUUCAUCAUCGAUCUGCUGACAUUUUUGUCUCAAUUAAUUGAUUAGUUGUUUGGUCUAAAAUGUUCAGUUUAUAUUUAUGUAAAACGGGAAAAACAGAAAGUCCUUAAAGGAGCAGGAACAAGUUGAUUCUUGACAUUUUAUCUUUAUAAAUGAUCCCCGCUGUAGUUGGGAUGCAGAUGAGCCCACCAGAGGUUGUAUGAGAGAAGGGAACAUUUUAAGAUAUUUCCCCCUUUAGCAGGUCUGUGCCUGAGGUGAAGCUACUUGAAGUUGUAGUGUUGACUAAAUCUUAUAAUUUAGUCAGUUUGGAUAAUGGUAAAUGCUGUGCUCCUUUUCCCUACUUCUGUGAUGAACUGUGCACAACAUUGAGCUUCAUGUGUCAGACAGUUCAUGGGUUGUCCAAGGUCAACCCCAUUACAUGUACAGGCCCAUCUGUAAUCUCAAGGAUCCUUCACUUCCUCUGACAGCUGACCCACAUCCGAUGUGAGUUCAGUGGAAAAGAAUUAUAGAGGACUGAGUGAGAGAUUGACUCAGGUGUGACCAAUUAGAAAGUGAUCAACAGAAAGUACAAGUACAAGUGAUGUGCAAAUUAUUACGCUGCUUCCUUGGCAAUGAAAAAGUCGUGAUGGGAAGAGUUUAGUUUUUAAAAUAAUCAUAGUAACAGCCCUGGACCACACGUUUUUUUCCCCAGCCUUGAUUAUUCAGACUGUGGUUACAGCAGUGCAGUGAGCUAAUGACAGUAGCUGAUUUAUUAUGACACAUUUUCUAACUUUUGUGGCCCUCGAAGAAUAAUAAAAAUGUAGUAUUGUAUAAGACUCCAGUUCACAGCUGAGAUGGGUCAUUACUUACAGAUUAUGUUACAGUUAGUCCCACAGGAAGUGCAAGAGGUUAAAGUGAUGAUGUGAUGACACAAGCAGCAACACCAAUCACUGUGAGACCAGGGUCCAAAUAGUGUUAAAACCUUGAUGCUUGUCUGUGGAGACUUGAAUGUGAAGGGCACAAAACAGCAAGAAAAAAUCAUGUCUAAAACUAGGCUUGGGCAUCUGAACUAAUAUACCUGGGCCUGGGGUGAUUAGGCCCACCAGGUGUAAGGAUGAUCCAUUACUAUUUGGCUGUUUUAUUUUUGUAUUGUCUCAUUUAUAGAGGCAUAUUUUUCUACAAGACCACCUCUAAGUGAACAUAAUAUAUUUUUGCCCAUAAAAGUGCAUCUAUUCCUCUCUAUAUGUUAAGCACUGAAUGGGACAUUCUGCUAUAAUGUUAAGUGAAACAUAGACAUUUCAGGUAUUUCUUUACUGAUGAAAAAGGACGAUUGAAGAUAAAAUGUAUUUAGUACAUAUAACAGGGAACUUGGUCAAUACAAAACUACAACAUAAAAGCAUUAAAUCACACAUAUACUAUAUUAAGGGAUGUAAUGACUGAUUCUGCCCAAGCCUAGGGUUAUAAUGCAUGAUAACCCCAUGGUGACACCACAAUCACAUACUGUAUGUAAUAAGAAUAUAUUAUAAGUAUAAAGAGGCAGAGGCAGGUUAGACACUGUGUCACUAGACAUUUUGUAUAAAAAGGACGUGCAGGAGGAUGUGUUAAAAUGACUGCAGACAGAUGUACUAAGUGUACUGUAUACUAUCAGGAAUACACACCUUUCAAAAGGUGCUGAACUUUUAAUUUUUGCUUUAUUUCAGUAGGGGGCAGUGUUUUUUUUUUUUUCUUCUAUUUCUUCUUAAUGUGACAUACACUAUGCUCUCAUCAUUAUUAAGAGAGUGAUGCUGGACAUAAGAGUUGCUAAAUUAUACAGCAAAGGGUGGUUUUACUUUUUUCUUAAGUGUGCAAUAUGAGCAGUGUAAGUGUUAUUUUUAAAUGCAGCUAAGCAAGCAUGUAAACCCCACUGUCGUUGUAAGGGCCCAAACUGGCUGACUAGGCAGAGGCAAGGCCCUGUAUUUAUCAAACCUGAAUGAGUAAUCACACUUUAAAAUGCUCUAAAAUACCAGUGUAAGAGUGAAACAGUUGUUGGCUGAGUGAGAGCAAUUCAUUAUAAUGAGAAACUUUAUUAAAAAAUUAGUUUCUCACUAUUUUCUCAUGAAGGACAACAAUGACCUACAUGAUCUAUUUUUCAUGACACUGGCAGAAAUGGGUUUCCACAUUAAUCAAACAAAUCCCUAAAUCUAAUUAAUUACAGAAAUUUAACACAGUUGUAUAUGUUUAUCAUGAGUAAAUACACAAAUGAAAUGGAAAAAAAAUCUGCUGCAAACCUUCCAGUCUACAUUUUGUUGAUAGACAUCAGAGAGAUGUUAUAAUAAAGAGACUUUAGUUUAACACUGACAAGGGCAGACAAUGAAGAUUGUUUAGACAUUGAUUGUAAAUAAAAUCAGUAUCAGAUUUAUUCUUGUUUGUUUGAAGGCCUGAAAUGCAGAAAACAGAGGCUCUGUUCCUGUGCAGCUCUCUGGCAUUUAAGAGCAUUUUUUAAGUCAAAAGAUGUUAACAUUACAUUUGUGAGUGAGAGUAAAAGUGAAGGAUUUCAGUUUUUAUCUUCCAGUUAAGUCCAUGGUUUUACUCUUGGUAGUUUGAUGAAUACUGGUCAUAGACACUUUGACCUGUCCAGUCAGUCAGGAUGCUGUUUCAGUGAGGUUAAUCUGCAGCCCUGAACCCACAUCACUCACAGAGUGCCUCCUGGCCUACUGGCAGCAUAUUUAUCUCCAUUUUUAAACAUUAUACUCAUUUUAACAUAUUUAUUACUUAGUUUAAGUGUAAAUAUUGGUUUAGAAAUCAUGUAAGAAAGAUGUAUACACACUGCUUUUAAAGAGAAUAGGUUCGUGUGUGUGUGUGUGUUGUCAUGGAACAGGAAAAGGACUUCUUGUGUAAAUGAUGUUUUGUGAUGAAUGACUUCAGAAAGAUGUACCAACUGCAUGAUUUAUAAACUAUUUUUUCUAAAAAAAAAAAAAAAAAUCUGACUCAUGUCUUUGUUUUGGGUUUAUCUCUA